CAAAACAUGGCCAUGUGAUGUGCUGUGAUAAUCUGAUAAGAGUAACACUUUUUUAAUUAUGCCCUGUGCACAAUGUUCAUCACUCAGGAAGAAUUUUAAACACUACCAGUAAAUCAAGUUAAAUUAUUUUUGAUUGAUUGCCACCAUUCCAGUUUUAUGAGAAUGGCAUUCUUCGGGAAUAGUGUGAAACAUAUCUCAGUUUUGAACUCUUGGUGUAAUCAAACUCGAUGUCGGUUCAAAUCAAUCCAUUCAAAAAUUUCAGAAAUUUUCUCUGCACCACCAUCCAACACUCCAGCAGUUAUAAAGACUCUAUGUUGCAGGGAUGGGUGAAAUCUGUCCGGAAAAUGAAAGGAAUGAUUUUCCUGGAUGUAAAUGAUGGCUCUACCUGUCAUAAAUUACAAAUCGUUGCAUCGAAAACAACUGUACCAAAGAAUUUAUCGUAUGGCUGUUCAAUAGUUGCUUGUGGGCCAGUAAUCCUCAAUCCCCAAAAUCAGCUUGAAUUAAGAGCAGAAGAACUUAGUGUGGUAGGAUCAUGUGACUUGACUAAUGGGUACCCAUUUCUUCCUAGGAAAUCCUAUGAUGCAGAAUACGUAAGGCAAUAUCUACAUCUACGGCCACGGACAAACUCUUUCAGCUCUCUCCUGCGUUUACGGCAUCAUGCCUCCUGGACUCUGCGGCAGUAUUUGAAUAUGAAUGGAUACAUCGAAGUUCACACACCUGUACUAACAUCCAAUGAUUGUGAAGGUGCUGGAGAAACAUUUUUUGUCAAACCUAACUGCAAAGCGACACUAGAGGCAAUGGCCUCUCCUGGACAAUCUGAAGAUGAAGUGUUUUUCAAAAGGAAGGCCUAUUUGUCAGUCUCAGGACAGCUUCAACUAGAAAUAAUGGCAAGGAGUUUGAGUAACGUUUACAGUUUUGGGCCUAUUUUUCGAGCAGAAAAUUCUAAAUCUCGGCUACAUCUCUCUGAAUUUUACAUGUUAGAAGUAGAAAAAGCAUUCCUAGACUCCAUGAAUGAAUUGCUUGAAAUCAUGGAAAAAUUGCUGAAGUCAGUUCUCAGCACUGUGUUUGAAAAUCAUAGAGAAGAAAUUGAACAUUAUCGCAAAAUGGUAAACUGUGCUGAUUAUACUGAUGUAGAAAACAUCAUCAGUAAACCGUUUCAAGUCUUAACAUUCGAUGAAGCCAAACAAAUACUGCGAGAUCAUAGUGGACAAUUCCAAGAACCUUUGCUUGAAAAAGAAGGAUUCACAAAAGAGCAUGAAUUGUUUUUGGUUAAAUUAAACAACAAUGUUCCUGUUUUCAUCGUGGAAUGGCCUGCACACAUGAAACCAUUUUAUAUGAAAGCCUCGACCCACUCUCCAGAAAAGGUUUUGGCUGUGGAUUUAUUGUGCCCAGUGGUUGGUGAACUUUGCGGAGGUAGUUUAAGAGAAGACGAUUGCUCAAUACUUGAAGAAAGAAUGCAAAAAUUGAAUCUAACAGAGAGUCUUGAUUGGUAUUUAGAUAUCAGAAAAUAUGGUAAUGUACCCUCAGGAGGUUUUGGUUUAGGCUUUGAGCGUUUUCUGCAAAUGGCCCUUGGCGUUUCAAACAUCAAAGAUGCAAUACCAUUUCCUAGAUGGCCCAAAAAUUGUAAAUUUUGAUUAAAUUCGUUCUUUCUCUGUAUAGUUUGCAAGUAUGUCAGUUGAUUCUGGCCUUAUCUUUCGCUGACUAUCAAUUGGACCGAGUUUAUCAUAAAUUAAGACUAGGUGCUGAACUAAUGAGUAAGACGGUAUGGAAAGAGGUGUUGUGUCAUUUGUCUCUCCUGUUUUCAUUACGCUUGAGGAAUCUUUAAAAAGUAAUAUUGAAACAAGAUUUCAAGCAUUCCGGGUAGAAACGUAGAGAGUCCAUUAAGACAAAAAGCCGAUAGCCAUAUAUCUAUUAGUUCCCUUCCUUCCUUCGGCCGAAGGUGCCAGUGUUGCAUCGUGAACUCAGUCUUGUAUACUUCAUCAUACCUGUACAAGCUUGUGGAGUACUCAAAAUCAAACAACACUGCAUUAUUGGCUUGUUCUCUUUAACAAGCUUUAGCCUAGCCCUCAUACCUAUCAAACACGGUCAGGGUAACAACUCCAAAGCUGCUUUGUGAAUCAAGGCAGGUAUCCCCCCUCCAUGUCCUGCUGCUCUGUUAGAGAAGUCUUAAGCGGAGAAGUCUCCCUCCAACAGGCCCUAGGUAUUUCAAUUACCUUCCAAACUCAAGUGGAAAGGUCACCUCAUUUAGUCAUCCCAUUUGCUGAGUAAAAGUAAAAAAGAUCUGUCCAAUUAGCCAUUGGCAGUAUAGUUCCCUCCCCAUCGAUUUCCAGAAGAUAUGUACCUAGUAUCAAUUUGCAAUUGAACUGCAUGAAGCAGCUGCUAAAUACAAUUUAUAAUUUUGUAUCUGUAGCAUACCAUUGAUUUUUAAGUCUUGUGUAUGGAAAUCCAAGGACAUCUCAAUAAACCUUUAAUAACUGUU